AUCAACUCCACAUCCAGCAGAGCCAAAAUGUUGAGAAAAAUAUUUCAUGCCCUGAUAGUGUUUACCAUCUUCAGCCUUUUGUAUUCGGUUGUGUUUCUUGUCUACAACAAAUACAAGUUCACUGUUUUCAGCAAGAGGAGGACGGAUGUUGAAAAUGGAAUGGGCACACCGGAAUUAAUUUUUAAUAAUCUAACUCAAGACGUCAAACAACAUAAUCUAAACAGCAUGAGUAAGACUUUGACCCUCUGCCCAGACACCCCUCCUAAUCUAGCGGGUCCUCUCCGAGUGGAAUUUGAUCACAAGUGGACUUUGGAUGAUGUGAGGAAGAAGGUCAACUCGUCUCUGGAGCAGGGAGGAAGAUACAAGCCGCCGGACUGUAUCUCACGACACAAGGUGGCAAUCAUCAUCCCUUUCCGCAGUCGUGAUGAGCACCUGAAGCACUGGCUAUAUUACCUUCAUCCUAUCUUAAAGCGACAGCAGCUGGACUACGGUGUGUAUGUGGUUAACCAGGAAGGAAACGGAAUGUUCAAUCGAGCCAAACUAAUGAAUGUGGGCUACGCCGAAGCACUGAAGGAAUAUGACUACAACUGCUUCGUCUUCUCUGAUGUAGACCUCAUUCCUAUAGAUGAUCGUAACCUCUACAGGUGUUUUGACCAUCCCCGGCACUUAGCUGUGGAUUUACCCUACAAGACCUACUUUGGUGGUGUUUCUUCAUUGUCCAUGAACCAGUAUGUGAAGAUUAACGGAUUCCCAAAUACUUACUGGGGCUGGGGUGGCGAGGAUGAUGAUAUAUAUAAGCAAAUUAUUUUCCACGGAAUGUCUGUCUCUCGUCCUGACUUGGUGAUCGGGAAGUACAAGAUGAUUCAACACAACAGAGACUUGUACAAUCAGGUUAAUCCGAAGAAUCCAGAGAAAAUUAAAAACACGCUGCAGACCAUGGGUAGAGAUGGGAUCAACAGCCUCCAAUACACAAUCAAGGAGAUUGUUAAGGAUUUAUUGUUCACGUUCAUCACUGUGGAUAUUCAGGCUCCACAUUAAAUGAUGCAAGCUUGUGAGCUAGUUCAGACAAGCAACUCGAGCAGCUUACUCCAUAUAAACUGACUAACACAAUGCCUGUGGGGAUCCACGGGUUCUAGAUUGGGUCGUGUUUAUAAAAUGGGUAGCUGACAUUUUUUCAAGGGUGGAAAUAAAUUAUGCAAAGUUUGUAUAAUGAUCUUAACUGAAAGUGUAGGAAAUAAAAUUAAAACAUUUUGUGGAUAAUUGUAUUUAUUAUUUGGCACAUUCAGUGGAUGUCAUGUUUUAAAACAGGCAAGAUUGAGAUAUUGUCUGUUCGUCAAGUACGGAUUUUCUGAAAAUGAAUUGAAUUGUUGCUGAAAAUGGGUCCCAAAAAUUGAGCCGCCUCACUGUCUUGAGGCUGUGAAAAGCCAGCUCAGCGUGAAGCCGAGAAGGAGAAGCCGAACAGAAAUGGAACAGAAAAAGGGAGAAAAACAACGAGAGAGAA